GAGGCGCCGCUAGGGGUGGAGCGCGCCUCUCUGAGCCUGGCUCGCAGAGUUUUGACAGUCCCCAAGCUGAAAUUGUCAGCGGCUGCAGCAGCAGCAGCAGCAGCAGCAGCAGCAGCAGCAGCAGCAGCGAGCGCUGGAAAGUUGAGAGCAGCUCGUGGCCCCAGAACAAAGCUUGAGAAAAACCAUGGUGAAUCCGGGCAGCAGCUCACAGCCGCCCCCGGUGACGGCCGGCUCCCUCUCCUGGAAGCGGUGUGCAGGCUGCGGGGGCAAGAUUGCUGACCGCUUUCUGCUCUAUGCCAUGGACAGCUACUGGCACAGCCGGUGCCUGAAGUGCUCGUGCUGCCAGGCACAGCUGGGCGACAUCGGCACGUCCUGUUAUACCAAGAGCGGCAUGAUCCUUUGCAGAAAUGACUACAUUAGGUUAUUUGGGAAUAGUGGUGCUUGCAGUGCUUGUGGACAGUCAAUUCCGGCCAGCGAACUCGUCAUGAGAGCCCAGGGCAAUGUGUAUCAUCUUAAGUGUUUUACAUGCUCUACCUGCCGGAAUCGCCUGGUCCCAGGAGAUCGGUUUCACUACAUCAAUGGCAGUUUAUUUUGUGAACAUGAUAGACCUACAGCUCUCAUCAAUGGCCAUUUGAAUUCACUUCAGAGCAAUCCACUACUGCCAGACCAGAAGGUCUGCUAAAAGGUCAGAGUAAUGCAGAAUGCGUGCCUUCAUCUCAGAUUUUGUUCAUCACAGGUGGAUCCCAUGUGUCUUGUGUCUUCAGCAGACAAGUCACCUUUGUAGCUAGCACCAGUGCCAGCUCCAUGCCAUUGCACCUUCUUUAGUCUUGAUUGCCCUUCUCGCAUUUAUUGGUGUAUUAAAAUGACUGAAUAUGAACAUUAAGGACUCCAUGAACCUGGGCUAAUGGGAGACUGUAGAGAAAAUGAAAAAAGAUCCACCGGAGGACAUCUUUGGGGGGUGGGGUGGGGGAGGGAGCUGGGGAGGAGGGAAAUGACUAAUGAAGCUAAUUAAAAGAAGCAUUCAAAUCUGCUUUCUACCCUCAUUAACAAUUAGCAGGGCACUGGCCAGAGUUUGUACCCUGUGUUUUACCUUAACAACAUUCUCUUUGCUCUUUGUAUAUUUAAGUGUUGUAAGGAAAUGUGUUUCAAUCAAACUGAACAUGAGAUAAAGGAAAGAGAUGUGGCUUUUGUGAUAUUCUAUCACAAAUACUUUUAUUGUAUCUCUGUAAAAUACAAUGUAUGUAUGCAUGUAAGUGUUUUGUCCUAAUGUUGCUACUUCCAUGGCAAAGGAAAAAAAAAUUGGAAAAAAAAUAUCAGGCUCAUGGCAGCUGCUGUGUAGAAAUUUCCCCUACUUCUAAUUUGCUGAAUGAAGAAAAAAAAUCUUUUAUUUGUGAUAUUUUCAGAGACAUUUGCUCUAGUAUGGUGUAUUUAAAUAAUAAAAACUUAAAAGAAAAAAAAUACUUGAUGGAA